CAAUGAAUUUUGCUGACGGCAGCGACGCGUUGCGGCGCGAGCUCUCACUCAAUGGAGUCGGCGGCGCUAGCGUCGGCGUCUUAAUGCCGCGCCAGCUGCAUGUGACCCCCAGCGAACACCCCACCAAAAGGAAAUUUCUUUAUGAUGCGCAGAAAUGGUUGCCUUAUCUCGCUCUAGUUCCAGAAACUGCCACGGAGCGACGACGAGGCGGCGCCGCCGCGGCGUACUCAAGGACGACACCGUUAAAUUGUGCAGCACAGCAGUGCCGCCGGCGACGGUGCAAAAAGGGGAGUGAAUUGUUUAAAAUUAUCACAUUGUAAAAAAAGGGGGAAGAAGAAGAAGGCAGACGGGAUGUGCGCUGAAGAGGAUCAUUAACAAUGCGCCGUGGCGCGCAAAAAUAGCCACGGGCAGAACAAAUCACAUUAUUAGUCGGCUUCGACGUCAGCGUCAGCGUUGGCGUCGACGUCGACAUCGACAUCAACGUCGCGUAGUUGCACGUUAUUUUUAAAAAUUUGUUGUAUGGCGCCCCGUUUGAUUUUUAGGCGCCAAGCGGCGGCAAAUUGUGGCGACACGUCUGCAGCGGGAGCAACAGCAGCAGCAGCAGCAGCACCAACAACAACAGCAACUACAACAACAUGUAUACGAAAACAAAGAUACAAGAUAAGCGCAAUUCACGGAGAGGCGCGACAGCCAGCAGACGCCAGCUUCAAGACGCGUCGCGCAGCAUCGCCAACGCCGCCGCCGUCGCCGCCGAGAGAUCUCUCGAUGGCGAUGCCAACAGAUAUCAAGCACGUCUCAAUCUCGAUUCAUUCAGGGCCGGGCCGGGCCGCGACUUGGCCAGAAAGGUUUUUAUUUUUUUUUGCCGCCAACGCCGCUCAAUUAACAAUGAAAAGUCGGUCUG